CAGACCCGCUUCUCGGAGAAGCGCCCACGCCCGCCCCCGGCCUGGGUCUGUGUGGGUCAGAGGCCGGGCGAGGGAGCUGCAAGGGCGGGAGCGAGCGGUCCGAGCGCCCGGCAGGGCCAGGGCGCCUGUGCGCACAAGCGAGGGGAUGUCGCGUUCGUCCCCCGGGGCCGGGGAUCCUGCGGCGACACGGCAGAGCUGCCCACCCCUCUUCCUGCGCUGUGCUCUGGACACCCGCUCUGGCCCUCAGCCCCGAACGAGCCCCCGCUGGCUAGUCAGCUGGACCAUGAUGCUUUUUUUUUUUUUUUCAUCGAGGCUUGGUUCACAUCCCGGAUCAUUGCAAUCAACACAACUACAAAAGUGCUGCUCCGGGCACUUGACACACGUGGCUUGCAUCUCUCCACCAGCCACGGCGUUGGGCCGCCCCAUCCAGGUCUUGCAGGUGCAGAACCGGGCGCUCGGGGCGUAUAGGAGCCUGCCCCGAUGCGAGGCCAGGGAAGGGCGGGCUCGCGGGCCUCACCGCCUGGGUCUCAGCACAGAUUGGACAGCUGGGGUUGGAACCGCCCUUCAUUGGGGCCAGCCCGCCCUGCGGGAAGUUUUGGAAAACUUCCUUUUCCAAUAUUUUUCGGACUUUGGCUCUCCGUUGGAAAGAAGAGAUACCCAAUCAGUAGGAGUGUCAGGAGUCUUGUGUCUUCUGCCAGCCUCCAUGAAACUGUGGCAAGCUGACUGGUUAGCAUGCAAGUGGGAUAAAAUCUCAGAGCCUUCAGUUGUUGACAAGCAGCUCCCCACCUCUACCCCCUUGGCCUCUUCUCCAGAGGAACCACGACCUUAACUGCUUCUUUUGGUAUUUACCUCCUCCAUGUUUCUGGAUUUCUCGAUUUUCAAAUGUAGGCAGUAUCUGUGGUUUACGAUGAAUAUUUAAUUCUUCUCCUCCUUGCUGUCCUUCUUCCACUGCAUCUUUCCUUUUUUCUCAUUCUACCAAUAUGCGUAGAUCAUAAUUUGGGUUGGCCAAAAGCUUUGUUUAUUGUUUACAUAAUUACGCUAAUAUAUUCUCAGCUGAAACAUAUAGUUAACUAAGAUUAAUUUUCCCUCAAAACUUUUUUUCCUAAUAAUUGUCUUAUUUUUUUCCACUUGCUUAAUUUUUCUAUGUUCCUCUGUGAUUUAAUCCUAAAUUCUCAGCCACUUACAUAAAUCUCCUUUUAACAGAUUUGGGUAAAUCAGUUAUUUUCACAAUUUCAUCUUCCCAAGAAAAUCUCCCCUGGAGCCUGUUGACCUGCUCGGACAUGGACAGCUGCCAUCUGACAACUUCUGUACAGCUGUCGUGCUGAGGACUCCUGUCAUCCUGCCAUGGGAAUUCCCUUCUCCUCUUUCCUAUGUGGCUCUCCUAUUACUUGCAUCCUAGGUCUUCCUCUUUCUUGUGGGGAACACAUCCAAAUAAACACAGAAUUUCAGGCAGGAAAUAAUUUUCCUUCAGAAUUUUGAAUACCUGUGCUAUUGCCUCCUAUCUUCCAGUAUCUCCUAUCUUCAGAAGUCCAAAGGCAUUUUGUAUCCAGAUCUUUUCUAACUCUCUGGAAAUCUGUAGGAAAAUUUCUUGGUUCCCAUGCCCCAAAUUUUACAGUGAUGUUUCUUGGUGUAGCUUUGUUUUCAUCUAUGAUGCCAGACACAGUGGGCUCUUUCAAACAAACAUGUCACUAAG